GUGACUUUUUCAUCAUAAUUUUUUUGAAACAGGUGGUUACCUGACUAACUCUCUGAAAGAUCCAAUACUGUUUUUGUUUUAUUUUUUCACACAAUGAAAAUUUGGUAUAUUUUGUUCAUUAUUUUUUCUUGGAUGAUAUACGGACAGGAUGCUACUAACGACACUACGUGUGAAACAACUUGUCUCAGUGGACCACUUGGUUGUUCUGGAAGAGUAGCAAUCAAUCCUUAUUGUUCCUGUAGUCAUUGUGCAAAGUCAAUUUGGGAACCCUGCGGAGGAAAAAACUGGGAACUUGGGUACUGUGAGAAAGAGCAAAAAUGUGCAAAUAUCACUGGAGAGGUUCUGGUUGAAAUUCCAAUGAUUGGAAUUUGCAAAUGUAAGUACUCCAACAUACGUAUACAUCAGGGAUUAAAAUGACAGUUACUAGUAAGUGCUAAGGAAAAUAAAGGCACCAUAAUUUUGCUAUUUACGAACAGUGGUGCCAGUUUUAAGUUUGCAUAUAAAGCCAGAAAGCCAGUUCAACUUACUAGUUGAUUAUUUAAGCUUGGUAGUGGUAUUUCGUAUAGUAUAUCUUAUGGACCUAGAGUACCAUCUACCAUCACCAUAUUUUUAUUCUACAUGUUUCUCUAGUGAAUAUUUCCCCCCAAUAUUAACUUUGCAGGAUAAAGAUUUUAGCAGUAGUGGUCAUAAAAAAUUUACAGGAAUCUUAGGUUUAGCUGAACAUCAGGGGAUAUUAAUUAACAAAUAUCACUAAUGACAAGGUUAGCGAUUAUUGUUAUAAACCAGGAGGUGCCCAAAAGGUAGAUCUUCAGAGGUUGUACAACUACACCCCCCAUGAUGCUUUUCUAGCCUUUAAAAUCAUUUUUAUUCUUUUAUUUUUCAUUCAUUUAGAAUGACAAAGCACCAUGGGAGUUGUGAUUUUAGUAUCUGGGGAUCUAUCUCAACCUUGCUCUAAAUUGUAUUACACACUGGUCCAAAGUACUCACCGCUUUGCACACAUGAAAUCGCACUCGUAUUUAUCCUUUUAUUUAAACAAUUCAUGGGGCACAUGUGUGAAGAAGAUGAAGAUUAAUAAUCUAGAAGUUUAACCUAAUAAAUACAUGAGACAGAAAUAGAGGCGAUACAUGCGCAAAAAAUACAGGUAUGAGAAUUGUUAAAAAAGGAACACUGUACCUGAAAGAGUUAAAAGAAAGCAAAUGUAAAAUCACAUUGGAGAUUGGUUAUUAUUAUUACUUAUAUUUUGCAGAACUUUCGCGAUGUAAUCCAACUAAGCAAAAAAGAUGAUAUAGUACAAUUAGUAAUUAGUAUUUUACUCUUGCAUUAAACAGAUAUGAGACAUUAUACCGCCUAUAAAGAAUUUUGGGAAGAUGAUGAUGAACAAUGUCCGGAGCAAUCAGGAUGUGAAAUGCACACGGGUGUUUGUGACUGUAUCACAAGAAGGACAUGCUUUCCAGACUUUAGAUACAGCUCUUAUGAGACAUGCAAACCUUAUCAGGCUUAUUUGAUGGGUAUACUAGAAAAAUAUGCUAUGUAUGAUAUUAAAUAUCAAAUUUUUAUGUGCUUUCUUGACUUCCUAGGGCAGAGGUAGGUAAUCUUUUAGUAAUGCUGUGCCAAAACAAAAUCUUUAAGUGCCUCGGCGUGCUGGUCCUCAUUUUUUAAAAUUGAGGUGUGUAUGUUGCCUUUAAUCUGCUUGUGUUAUUUCUGGGUGCUGCUGUUGAUUUGUAGCGUAUGUGUGCAUCUGUGGAACGUUAUAUUGUAUAUGUUCAUGAGUAGAUUAUGGUAUCGUGUAUGAUACCUAGGAAUGUGGGCUGCUUGUGGAAUUGUGUGUGACAGGCUGCUCGUGGGGUUGUGUGCAUAUAUGGGUUGUCAGUUGUGUUGUGUUUGUAGAGAUUGUGUAUGGGUAUGUUUGGGCUGCUUGUAUUAUUUGUAUGAGGGGUAAGCUUAUUCUGCAGCUCUGUGUAUAUCUAGCAGUGUGGGUGACUUCCCUAGGGUCCAGUGGGGACCGGGCUGACCAGGUACUGGUAAAGGGCAGGAACUGUGAUAGCUGCAAGCUGCUCUACUCCAGUGUGGAUUCCCAUUCACAAGGGCUUGGAGGAAGUGACCUGAGGUCACUUUCUCUAUGUCCUGCAAUAUGUAAAUUUAAGAUUGUCCCUCACCAUCGGUAAUCACAACUUGGUUUGCACUAGCAAAUAUCCAAAGUCCCACUGGGACUACUGAAGGCUUGUUUGUUUCUAGCACCCUGAGUGCCAUGCAUGACAAACGUGUCACGUGUUGCUGACCCCUGUCCUAGGGUUUAUUGAAAUCAGAUAACCAUUUAAAAAAACAAAACAGAUUUUUAAUUUGAUGUACAUUGUAGCCUGAUUGUUUUUUCAUUUAUUUUUUGUUUAAUUAACCAUCAAUCGUAAAUGGUUACAUACUUAUGAAAAUGGACACUGAGUAUUUGGAUAUUUAAUAGCAUUUCUGUUAAAUGUGCUCUAUUGCAUACUUGCUUGAAAAAAACAAAAACAGAAUGUGACCACAUCCACUGCCAAGUGGAUGUAAUCACAUUUAAUGCAAAAGCUGGGGAUGGUGGAGACAAAAACAAAUGUCACGUCACCAGUAUUAAAUUCCAUGGUCAUUCAAGUCUAAAAAUUAACAUAUAAAGAUGAAUAGUCAAAUGGCAAAAAAAAUAUUAAUCUUCAUUGCAACUUCCUAUAUGCUAAGUGAACUUACUCCCAUGACAUUGGACAUUGUGAUUUAGGUAAGUACUUCCUAUAGAGACAGUGGCGUACACACAAUCCAUGGGACUCCGGUGCGAAACUGAUCCGUGGGCCCCCCAUCCCUCCCCUCUCUCCCCCGAUCCGUGACCCCCUCUCUCCUGCGAUCCGUGCUCCCCAAUUCCCCCUGACACAUACAUCCAUACAGACACACACACAAACAUACACACAGACACAUACAUCCCUCGACAGACACAUAAAUACAAACACACACACAUAUAUACACACAGACACAUACAUACAGAGACAGAGAGACACACACACAUACAUAGACACAGACACAUACAUACGGGGCCUCAUGGAUUGUGUGUACAUAGACACACACACAUACAGAGACACACAAGUACAUACAGAGACACACACAUACAGAGAGACACAGACACACAGACACACAUACAGACAGACACACAUACAGACACACACACAUACAGAGACACACACACAUACAUACAGAGACACACACACACAUAGACACACACACAUAUAGAGACACAGACACACACACACACACACAUACACACACACAUAUAGAGACACACACACACACACACAUAUACAUAAAGAGACACAGACACACACAUACAGAGACACACUCACAGAGAGAGACAGACAUACACACAUACAGAGACACAGACACACAUACAUACAGAGACACACACAUACAGAGACACAGACACACAUACAUACAGAGACACAGACAAACACACAUACAGAGACACACACACACAUAGACACACACACACACAGAGACACACACACAUACACAUAUAGAGACACAGACACACAUACAUACAGAGACACACACAUACACAAUAGAGACACACACAUACACAUACAGAGACACAGACACAUACAGAGACACACAUACGCAAAAUGUUUCCUACCUUGUUACUUUCCCUGUGGUCCAGUGGAGGCUCAACCUGAUGGGAGUGAGAGUUCCCACUCUGACUCUCUCCUCCUUCCUCCCACGCGGGCUGAUAGCUGGGAGGAGUGACCGAGGAAUCACUUCCUCCCAGCUCUGAUGUAAUCACAGGGGGCCCGGUUGCGCUCUUAAAGGGCCCAGUGCAGACCGGGCCCCCUCACAAUCCAUGUCCAUCGAGUGGCCCUGACAGCAUGGGCCACCCGAUGGACCCCUCCAUAUGCAGCCCCGCGCGGGCCGGGGCGGCAAAAUGUGGCAGCUGGCCUGGUACCCGGUCACAGGGGUCCACAGGGCGGCCGGGCCCCCUGGAGUGCCGGGCCCGGUUGCAGGGGUCACAUCUGGUGUAUAGAGAGGAAUACAUACAUGUCCCCCCAAUGUGAUAUAAGGAAGCAUGUUAGUGUUCUCUUCAGCCAAGAUGAUAAGGAGGCCAUUAUUCAAAAUAUUUCUUCUUCUUACACAUACAACUCAUCUGUGAUGCUUAAAAGCACAUUGUGAGUGUGAAGACAGGAAAUGUUGACUUUACCCAUGACUCUAGGACACUUCAAUAGCCAUAUUAUACUCAAAUGUUUUAGAUAAGUGCACCAAAUUAAACCAGUCAACAAUUUUACACACCAAUUUUCAAACCCAGACUACUAUCAAUUCAAUUAGAAAUAGACAGUAUUCGACUCUGGCCGUGCAUGCACAUUCGGCUCCACUCAAAAGCUGACGUCGGAGGGGGAGGAGAGGUCACCAGCGUUGAGGGAGCCCAGCGCUGGAUAAAGGUAAGUGGCUGAAGGGGUUUUAACCCCUUUGGCCAAGCAGGAGGGUGGCCAUGAGGGUGGUAGACCCUAAGGAAUAUAUAGUGUCAGGAAAACGAGUUUGUUUUCCUUACACUAUAGAGAUCCUUGAAUAUCAAAUUCAAAAUUUAGUUGCAACGUUUGUAUCUAGUUUAUCCUAAAUAAUCACAUGAUAUAAUAAUAUUGCCGAUGUUGGAAUCUUUAAAAUGAUUAGCAACUUGGAGUUUCUUCAGCACCUAAAAUCAGUUUAAAAAAAUGAGUGUAUGUAAAUUGAUAUUGUUUUAAUUUUUACAAUCUGUAGUAAAAGAUUUGACUGCAAUUACCUCUUGACAAUCAUUCAGUGAUUCAGGGAGGAGGCAAUCAUCUUUCAAUUGUAUCACAAUUUUCACAAUUACUUAUGAGAAAUACUAAAUACUAAAGAGAACAUGUGAUGUCAGUCGCAUGCUCCCAACAGUCUCAGAACUGAGGGUCCUGUCUUGCUCUUCUGCAUUGGUUCCUCAUGUCCCAUCUGGGUUUUUGUUACCUGCAAAGUUCAGUUUAUAAUCCAUAGUGAGCAACCAUGUCUAAAUUGUUUGAGGGGUGGGGAUGUGAAAGGGAAUUUGAGAGUUAUGUGCCUAUAGCCGACAUAAAUAUAUAUCUGUCCUGGCAAGUGCGUUGAGCAUUUCCAAUAAUGAUUGCUACUUAACUGGCUAAAAAGUGCAUCCUACAAUGGAAUUUUCCAAUGUAAUAUGUAUCUGAUUGAGGGGUGGUUCCAGUUUAUGACUGCUGGAUGCAAUUUGGAGUGGUCUUGCUCAAAACAGAGGCUUGUGCACUUUGCAAACUACCUCUAAUUUAUUUUUCCUCUAAAAUGCGAUGAAUUGUCAUUGAAAUGAAUGAAACUGAAAUUAUAAAUAUAUUUCUGAAUAUAUGCAAAUUCAAAGUAAACCCUUAACGAUUAAAGUUGAUUGAAGCUUGGACAACUUGCAACAGGAAAACCUAGUUAUAAAAUGAAACUAAUUCCAAUUCUUUUUCCUAAAGAUUAUUAUUAUGCUGAAGGUUAUACUUACGAACAUCCCAAGCCUGUCUGCUAUAGCCAAGGAUGUGACAUUAUAGAUGACAAGUGUAUAUGUGAAACAGAAGGACCAUGCGGACGUAAAUAUGAAUUUGAAAAUCGAAACAAAUGCAAUACAGCACUAGGUAAGAUUAUAUGACAUGAUUAUAAUAAUGUAGACAAUAUUUAUCCAGCUGGUGUAGUAAUUAUUGCUGCUUUAGGCAAAAAUCAAGUUUGUUGUUUGUGGUUUUUCCCAUACCUCUUUCUACGAGUUCUCUAUUGCCCUCUCUAAAAACCUCUCUUUCAACCAACUUAACUAAUACUAAGUAAAAAAAAUACUUAGUAUUAGGAAAUAAAGGAGGUUAAAAUCUCCUUCUGCCCUUACUCGCUGAGAGAAGUUGCAUGUCUUUUAAACAGUGAGCAGUCAGUUGCUCACUGUUGUAAAAAAGGUCACCCCCAAAAUCCAGUAAAGGAGGACCUGGCACAGGUGGGGCGCUAUUAAAAUAAUUAACAGGGAAUACAUAGUGUACCCCUCCAGCCGCCACCCAUGCUCCAUGAAUGGGGGGCUAUUAAACUUAAGAGGGGACCUAGUGUCCACCCCCAGCCUCCACCCACAAGUGGUGUGUGGAGGCCCUAAAUGAUAAUGGAGGUCCCCCAUAGUCCCCAUGGAUAAGUACCAGUGGGGGCCCUAAGUGAUAAGGGGGAAGCCUGCUGUCUCCCCAGUCCCCACCCAUUAGUGGUGGGUGGGGGGCUUAAAUAUGAGGUUUAGCAGAAAAUGGCUUAUCUGGAGCUGAUAAACUAUUGAUAAACAUGAUUACUUCUAAUUAAAUCAAGACAUAUAUUAAGACUGCCUCUUUUCCAUACACCUUCUCAGGUCAGUGAAUAUUGAGGUAGAGAACAAAGAGCUGUUAUAGAAUGUAUAUAAUCUAUCUCUAAUACACUCAUCUAUAUGGGUUUAAACAUACUUCCUCAAAAAGUAUCAGAGUUUACUCUACACUGAUCAACUGCUCUUCUCCCAACUGUUUUGAAACCUUACCACUAGGGGUAGCACAUAUAUAAACCCUCUGCUUGCAACAAUAGAGACACAUUAACAAGACAAGCUAAAAGUGUAUAAAGUGCUAACACACUAAUUGCGCCUAACAGCUCUUUCUCUUUUUGAACUCUUCCUCAUUCAAUUUUCACUGAUCUCUUACUAUUUUCUCUUUUUGCUUUAAUAUAUUGCAAGUGGUCAAGUGUUAGCAAUGACCAUAGAGCAGAACUGAAUUUCCAUAUUUGUUUGCUGAGAUUGGCUGAUUACACUCAGGAUGUUGUGCUUGCUACAGACACAGAUUGCUUGGUUAAAUAAUAUCUAGUUUGAAGUUAUAAGAUAGAUUUAUUAAAUGUAACAACUGAAAUUUAAUUCACUGUUUGUUAAACAGGCACCAUAGUCACCAAAACAACUUUAGCUUAAAGGGACUCUCCAGUACCAGAAAAACAAACGGGGGGUAGGGUGGGGGGAGACCCAAUGCGCAUGCGUGGCAAUGCCGCGCACGCGCCUUAGACCUCCCCAUAGGAAAGCAUUGAAAAAUGCUUUCAAUGCUUUCCUAUGGGGAUUUCAGCGAUGCUGGAGGUCCUCACAUAGCGUGAAUUGCCCUCUAGUGGCUGUCUAGAAGACAGCCACUAGAAGAGGAGUUAACCCUGCAAGGUAAAUAUUGCAGUUUAUGAAAACUGCAAUAAUUACACUUGAAGGGUUAAGGGUAGUGGGAGUUGGCACACAGACCACUCCAAUGGGCAGAAGUGGUCUGAGUGCCUGGAGUGUCCCUUUAAUGAAUCAGUUUUUGUGUAAAGUCACUGUUAAAUUUUCUGCCAUUUACGAGUUUAAUCACUUUUGUUUUUAUGUAGCUCUAGACACACCUCCCCUGACUGUGACUCACACAGCCUUCAAAAAAUGGUUUAAUUUUCAAUCAGAUGCUACUAACUUUAGAAGUGUUUAUUUCCUACUCUGUAAAUUAAAUCAACAGAAUGUGUCCCACCCCAAAAGUGUUGGGGUAACUCUUUUAUGAAACCGUAAAGUUUAUUUUGUAGCACAGCUACACAGCUUCUUAACAGAAAGUCAGCUACUAUUAUUAUUUUUUUUAUUGUGCUACAUAUAUCUGUAUGACAAUGUAAAAUGUUAGCUGUAGGAUUUUAGGUAAAUCUGUGUUCUUAUGGUCUAAAUAUCCCCAUACAUAGUUUACUAAUUUAUUUCCAUUUUUUACAAGUUGAGAAGAUUUGUAGCAAUGUUACCUGUCCGGAAGUAGAACAACUGAAAUGCCCUGCUGACUCUGUGGCUAGCAAGCCCCAUACACCCCCUGGAGAAUGCUGUCCCACCAUACCUAGCUUCUGCACCUGUAAUUUCAAAAAGUGCAACAAUACGUGUCCAAGGAGAAAAAGGAAAAUAAUGAUACAACCAACAAAUGGAGUCCCGGGAAACUGCUGUGACAAGUUCUUGUGUUUACAUUGAAAAUCAAUAUUCUUCCAAUCAUUUUUUUAAAUAUUUUUUUUGUUUUACAAUAAUUGUUAUCUAAAAAACAGAUAAUUGCCUCUCAUUUUAGUGUCUCUUUAUUCAUUCUUUUCUCUAACUCUUUUAUAAUAUAAAUCCAUCUACUAUCAAAAUUCUAAACAAAUUCUGAGUAAAAACAUUAAACUGAUGCAGAAGCGUAUCAGUCAAUCUGAAAAAGCAAUAACAAAUCAAAUUAAAUGUAUUUGAGGUGUAAACGAGAUUUCGGAUAAUCCUAAAAUAUACUGUAAAUCCUGCAAGUUUUGUUUUUUUUAUUCAAAAUUCUAUUUGAUAUUAGACUGGAACUUCAUAAAUAUGGAAAAAUAAACCAACAACUGGGUUAACACAUUAUACAUGCCAUUCUUUCUAGGGAUUAAACUAUUUGUAACGUAUCAAUGAAAGAAAAUUGUCAGGGGAGAAAAAUUUGUAAAAUCAUUUGUAAUAUUUUUAGGAUAAAUUUACAUGAAAUUCUAAGUUUCUGAAUCUGUGUCUGAAAUGGUUAAAAACAAUAAAAAAAAAAGGGAAUUGUCACAUCUCUGUAAUUUACUCAGUUUAAUAAACAAUUGAAAAUCACCUAGAA